AUGCGUGCUACAACUCUCUCUACCGCCGCCGCCAUCGCGCUGGCUUCCCAGGCCAGUGCAACGACCAUUCGAAUCGAUGUUGGACAGAACGGCGCUCUUGCUUUUACUCCCGACAGUGUGAAAGCCGCUGUUGGUGAUAUUUUGGACUUUCAUUUUCAUGCAGUCAACCACAGCGUUGUAAUGGGCGACUUUGCAACCCCUUGCGCUCCAGCUAAGACGGGUGGCUUUUUCUCCGGCUUCAUGCCUGUUUCUGGAAGUGGAGAGGCGGACGACUCGUUCCAAGUCACCGUCAACUCGACCGAUCCCAUCUUCUUCUACUGCUCACAAAACAAGUUUGAGCACUGCAAAAGUGGCAUGUCUGGUGUGGUCAAUGGACCAAGCAGUGGAAAUACUCUUGCAGCUUACCAGAGUGCUGCUAAAAAUGUCCAGAAUGCUUCAAACCCGCCCUCGGUUUUUGGUGGCAAACUUGUGACUGCCUCCAGCGCCACGACGACAUCUGCUGCCGCCGCCGCCACAACUUCAUGCACUACCAGCACCAAGAGCGGUAACGGUAGCGGCUACAAGCGAUCUGACACUUGCUCUGGUGCAGGCUCCGUCCAGGUUUCCGUUGGCAUUGUUGCCGCUUUCACUUUCGGCAUGGCGAUCCUGUUGUCCUAG